AUGUCAAGCCUUCCCUCAACUCCACUGUCUAUGGAAGAAAGUUUACCUAUGUUAGCUCUGGCUUUACCACCAAUUUCAUGCAUGGUGUGGAAUGUGCAAGGUGCGGGGAGUUCGAACUUUAUUAGUUCUUUGAAAGAUUUAAUUCAUGCCAACAAACCGAAUGUGUUGGUACUUGUAGAAACACAUAUGGGAGGAGACCAAGCAAUAAAAAUCAUCAAUUAUGAUGGCCAUGAAAGAGUAGAUGCUGUGGGCUUUAGUGGUGGAAUAUGGGUGUUCUGGAAAUCUGAGGAUGUUAUAGUUAGUCCUUUACUUAAACAUACUCAACACAUCACCAUGGAGAUCACGAGAAGAGGAGACACUCCGUGGUAUUUUUCGGCAGUAUAUGCUAGUCCUGACCCUAUGAAGAGGAAAGAACUAUGGAAGGAUCUACAAGAAUUUGCUAGGCUUAACAACAAACCAUGGAUGAUAGCAGGGGAUUUUAACGACACAAGAUUUCCUUCGGAAAGAAAUUCAUCUUGUAGAGAGACAGAUAGAAGAUCAAGAUUGUUUAAUAAUUGGAUUGAGGAUAUGGAUCUCAUAGAGGUUGAGUUUUCGGGAGCGGCCCAUACAUGGGCGCGUGGACACUCAUUGGAAACUAGACAUAGUGCUAGACUUGGUCGAGCCCUGUACAAUGAACAAUGGGCAACCCGAUUUGAUAAAGCAGCCAUGAAACACCUACCAGCCAUCCAUUCCGACCACUGUCCAAUCCUAAUAUCACCUAAUGGUUUUGCUCCGUUGCAGGCGCUUCACAGGCCGUUCCGCUUCCAAGCAACUUGGAUGACACAUGAGAACUUCAAAGAUUUCAUUGCCCAAAAAUAG